AUGCAUUAUCAAACUCAGCAAGACAUUCUUCGACAACAGAAUGAACAAUCUCAUCAGUCUCACCCAUCUCGCCCAGUCUCUGCAUCUCAAUCACACCCUCGCUCGGCCAGUAUGACACAACAAUCAGAAUUGCCAUCACCUGAGAAUCGCCGUCAGUCUGAAGCAGCACAGAAGCACGCUGAUAUCAUUCGACGUCAGGGUGAACUUCAACAAACUUAUGAGGCUCAACAGCAUCGUCUUAAUCCUGCUUACGCACCUCAAGAACCAGCUCCGUUCACUGAUCCUGGGCGUCGUCACAGUUCGUACAAUCAAAUCAACUCCCACGAGCCGCCUCCACGCCCCAUUCAAAAACCUUAUGAUCGCUCACAUCCAUCAUCAUCCCAACUAUCUCACAUGAUCACUCAAGAGUUGACACAAUCCCAAGCUGAGUUCUCCCCACAAAUUGUCCGUAGCCAAUCACAAUAUCAUCAAUUCGAAGCAACAUCUCCCUAUCAUCCACAUCCACCUCCAUCCUCUCACGCCUUUCGGCAGGAUCACCGGAGCCCGCUUGCCUCGCCUCAGCUCAAUCACGUCUCUCGACAACUUCCUCCACCCCACUCUCCAUCGGAUUACCCUCAACGACCUACAUCGGUGGACGUUCGCCAUACUCUUUCUCCCGUUUAUUCUCCUGAGCCUGAAACCGAGCACCCGGCCUCACAGCCACUCCGACCAUCUCCACCACACUCUGUGCCAGCAAUUGACGUUAAACCCUCGCUUUCGGGUCAUAUCCAGAACCCUUCUUCAGAACUUCCCAGUGGUGGCCAUGCACCAGCCUCGCAUUAUCGCCUUUGUCCUACUGAUCGAAACCGGGUAGAAGAAUCAAAUCUCAAUGCAGAUUCAUCCGUUCCUCGCCCUUCCUCAUCCAGAAGAAAAUCUGAAGAAGAUGAUGGGCCAGAAACCUCCGCAUCACCAGAACAACAGUCAAGCACCGAAAGCUUUGACGAUGGUGUGAUUCGUUGCAUUUGCUCAGUGACGACAGAUGAUGGUUUUACUAUACAAUGUGAAACCUGCGAGGUAUGGCAACACGCAGUGUGUGUAGGCAUCCCUUUCGAAGAGGUCCCGGAGCACUACUUCUGCGAUCAGUGCGAGCCUUCUCUGGAUCGCCGGAAAGAACUGGCUGGUAUGGCCCAUCGGGCUGAACGCCUGCAGCGAGAGCGGAUCAUUCGAGAGGCCUCCAAUCGUUCCCGGGGCUCUCAAGUCACUGUCAAUGACGACGACACCAUCAACGAGCGAUAUUACCGAACAACCGUAUUCGAGAACGCAACAGUGGUUGCCUCCCCAAUUAUCAGUGCGGUGGUCAUGAGCCGAGCACCAAGUAGUACAUCUGUCAGCGAUUCGCGAGCAGAACUCGCCACAUCUAUCAACUCACAUAGUUCUAGUACCAAAAAUAAAGCUAAAGAUUCACAACAUCUGAACACAAAUGAAAAGACAGCUCAAAGUACUUCACGCAAGACUAGCAAGAGUCAUCCGACCAUCCCCCUAACCUCGGCUGGCAUUACUUCACUACCUGCGCAACCGGCGCCUGGAACUGAGACAAAUCUCAAUACUCUGGGCCUAUGUGGCCUCAUGGAAAAUGCUUCAAAGGACACUAUGCUGGCACCUCGGGAGAUCCCCGCUCGAAAGCCUGGCCGAAGGUCCACCAAAUCCAACCAGUCUCGACCUCAAGUCUCCAAGGCUACAUUGGAGCCCAUUUCUAUCUCGAAUGCAAAUAGUCUCGGUAAUGGGGUAGAUUAUGAUAACCCACUUCCUAGUGGAUCGGUGUCCAAUCAAGUUGAUUUAGAUGAAAGGUAUGAAGCAUGGCGACAUGAAUUUACGCCAACUGCGAAAGAUCGUUAUUUCGAUACCGAUGUGAAGAGUCUGAUCAGCCAACUUGUCGCUCAACACAUGUCAUCUCAUCGCAACUCGUUGCAUGAUGCUACCCUAGAGCCUGAGGGAAGCGAUCACUUUGCUACGAGUGAGGACACUGCAUCUCCCGAAGUCAGUAGAACGGGGACGGAAUUCGUCUCUGAACUUUACCCACCAGAGUCCAACGUACCACCAUCUGCUCCCAACACUUUUCCCAAGUCAGCCGAACCCAACCAUAAAGGAUCUCGAGCUAACCACCAUGCCUUUGACCAGUCUCAUUUUAUGCCAGUAACCAUGCCUGAGUUACCCUCACCAUUGAAACUUAACGUCAAGAUCAUAACACUAGCCUCGACCAACUUUGCUCCAACAUUUGCUACGAAUCCUUUUUAUCCGACAUUUGCGGCCACUGCUGCAACUACCAGCACGUCAGCUUUACCUCGCUUGAUCACACAUGGCGUCUUCUCAACUCAUCCGAUUGCCAGAGGAACUUUCAUCGGUUGUCUCAAAGGCUCUAUCACAACUUUCAAGAAAUACACGUCAGAUCUUUGCAAUCAGUAUUCGAAUAUAGGGUGCAACAAACCACAUGUGAAGUUCUUCAAGUCAACUCGAUCGGAUUCUAUGGCGGCUACUCCUAAUGAUGGUUUAGUGAUCGAUAGUCGACAGUAUGGCAAUGAAAAUCGAUUCAUCCGGAGCGGUUGUCAUCCCAAUGCGUUUAUCAAUAUCAUCCUGACCCCUCAUCCUUCAGUAUCAGAAGAAAACCGCUCCAGCUCGAAUACGCCAUCCAAUCGUUCACCCUCACAGCAUUCGGAUCAUCAUGUUGAUAAGGUAGAGAUGGCUGACGGACGCGAUUUAAUACCUGAAAUACUAGAACUAACCUUAGUGUGUGGUUGUCAUUCAGAUCACGACUUGCAUUUACCCUGGGAAGUCACUUUUGGGGUGUUCGCAGCAGCUGAUAUUUCAAGACGGGAAGAGAUCGUUUUGCCUUGGGAUUGGGACGAUCAUCAUACAAUUCACCUUCUUCCUAGAUUGUUGAAUCAUUCCAAUACAUUCGAAAGCCAAUUACAAUCAUCACCACAGCGAUCACCCAUCAGCACUGCAUCACACUUUUUACCCUGGUCCAGUUCCGAUCUGAAGAUUUUGAGUUCGAAGAUGGCCUCGAUCACACUUACCUUGUUUGGAUUAACGAUCUGUGGUUGUGAGAAAAAAAGAAGCUGUGCACUCAAUUUGAUGUGGAAGAUUGGUUGCUUGAGUGCUGGCCUACCUAUCUUUCCAGUUCGAUCUGAAGUUGAAGAACAACAACGAUCGUCAAGUUUACUGAGCAUGUCAAACUUGAAGGAAAAGUCAGAACCGUACACGUUUGAAGAGAAACUAAGGAUUGUACUUAACUCUUUCCUUGAACAACCCAAUCAGAAUGGUGUCACAAACAAAUCUGGAAGGUUAUUGCAACCCUAUCCUUCGUUCACAAAUUAUAACUUCAACGUCACUCAUCCGAAUCGGAUCAAGAAACACAAGAUUGAUCUAGGCCCACUGCUUGGUCUCAAAAGGAAUUGGUGGAACUUUCAACCUUCAAUUCAAGAGCAGGGAUUGGGGAUCGAUUUGGCAAUCACUGAGAAAGGUAACAAACGUGCUAGGAGCGGUAGUGAUAAUUCAAUCCCAGCUAUCAGUAAGCUAAGAAGAGUUAGUGAUACGAUUAGUGACCGGCGUUCGGUCGAUGAUAACAAUGGCAGCAACAAUCAAACCGAAGAUCGAGUUCUUGAACCGGAAGAUGAGGUGGUCGCAAGUGAUAUGGUUAGAUCUCAAGAAAUGAUUGCAGGUUCUCCUCCACCGGCACUACCUCCGGAAUCGAAAGGUGACCUUGAUGAGGAACAAGCAACAUCACACUCACCAAUCCUUCGGCUAACUCCAACACCGGCGCCACCAUCACCCCAAGAGGAUCCGACUCAACUCCGAGUAGAAGAUGAUCGUCUGCAGUCAACCGAAAUCAGCUCAGAUCAGCCAGUCAAAGAGGAGAUCAUCGAUGAUGAUGUAGUCAUGGCCCUAGCGGAACAAGAACCGGUAGAAAGCGUAGUCGAUAGACAUGGCGAGCCCGAUCCUGUAGAUACUGAUGGGAUGGACUUGACUAUUUCCGUGACCGACAGCUUGAAUCCUGUGUUAGCCAACGGGGACCUGAACGUCGAUCAAGAAGUCGAUGUGACUGAAAAAGUCGAAGGGCGCGAUAUCAUCAUGGAUGAGGCCCCAGCAUCAGGUUUGCCAUUGCCAAUGGAAGAUCUCGCCUCGGCAGCUCCUAUCGAUCCUUCUCCCAUCGAUCCCUCUCCAAUGCCACAGCCACCGUCGCCAGCGAUGAUCGUGGAUGAUGAUGAUGGAGAGAAUCUGACUGGUGUGGUUCAGGAGUCAUCACGUGAAAGCCCUCAAGUAGGUAAACAAAAUGGACAUGCCCACUCGUCAGAAGUAAAAGUAGAAGACGAGGAAGAGGAGGACAUUGUGUUUGAUCAAGCCAGCUCAGAAGUUGAAGUAUGCAUAGCUUCAGAUGCCUCAACAAUUGUCUUGGGCUCAAGUGAUGAAGAUUUGUUAUCGUUGAGUAAGGGAAAACGUCCGAAGCCACCCAAAGUGAUCGCUAACAAACCAUCUCCACCAAGUCGUGUAGUUGUUGAACCCAAGAUCAUCCAUCCCCCAGUAAAAAGAAGAAAAGGAAGAGUAAUCCUUUCUUCCGCAUCUUCUUCCUCGCCAACUGACGAUAAAAACACGAAAGAUACAAAUACCAAUUCCCAUAGCGCUCCCAGGAUCUCCUCGACACCCUCUUCUUCUUCUAUGUCAAAUCAAUCGGGAGAUGAAGACGAUGAUGAUAAUAAGUCACACAUCAAUAUCGGAUCACGCACGACAAAAUCCACUUCAGUGUCAAAUCCAUCAAACAUCACCGGUGAUUCGUCUGGUAAAAUCAAUGACGCUCCAGCUCACGAAGAUGUGUCGAUGUCUGGUAUCGAAUCUGAUAUACCCAUACCAACCGAUCUUUCAACAUUUGUUGCUGAGGCUGUCCCUCGGAAGGUAGAUCAACCUUUGGUGUCACCGAAAUCCGAAGCAGCCCCAGUGCCAGUAUCAAAACCAGGACCCAUGCAACUGACGCCACAACCACUAUCAGCACCGCAACCAGAACCUGUGCCAGUGCCAGUGCCCACGGAAGAUUCAGAGCCGGCGCAAAAUCCGGUGCCCCAACUGGAACCAGAAGAGCCCAAACUGGAACCGACAUUUGUUCCGAAGCCACCUCCACCCAAGCGCAUUAGUCUCAAAGAUUACAGAUCACGAAGAGUACAAGAGCCUUUGAGCAAUAGCAACCGAACGGUAACUAGUCCAAUCUUGAAAUUCUCAAAACCGAAUGAGAUUGAUUCUACACGUCGAAAGCUUUCACAGCCACCUCCACCACCUCUUUCUAGUCUACCACCUCUUUUACCACAUAAUCAACCCAAUCAACCACUCUUACCACUUUCACCUCGAAAACUUGAAUUAGUUGCAUCUGUUCUCAAAAAGGAUGAUAGGAUGAGAGAAGAAGAAAAAGUUGAAGAACACAAAGAGGAAAAGACGACAUUGGUGGACACGAUUGUAUCAACAACAGUGGAAGAGGCGCCUUCGAUGGAAGUCGAUGUACCAAACGAGGUGAAAUCAACGCCUUUGAUGGAAAUGAUUCAAAAAUCGCUUGAAGCACCGGAACUCGGUGUCAAUGAUAGUACGAGUCAAUUGGAAAAGGAGGAGAAGAAACCAACCGAUUUAAUCACGAGUGAGAAUCUUUCAAAGGCUGUAGCUGAAGUCCCUCAUGACAUUGCACUCUUAGAAGAUGACUUGGAUGGGAGUACAAUUGAGAACAUGUCGAUAUCCGGUUCUUAUGAAGAAGAAGAAGGAGAAUAUCGAGAGUUUGAAGCGUUCCAAGAUGGACACUCUUUGUCAAAUGAGGCUGUAGCCAUUCACCAUGCUCAAUCUGAGGAGGCCAAUCAUCUCAGCACUGGAAAACAUGAACCAGUCGAAGAAGCGGGUUCAACGUCAAAUGAGUCAAAUCAUCUACCGGUCGAUCAGCCAACAAUGAGUGAUCGGCUUUUAGAAUCUCCGGAACAAUUCUCAAUCCCGCUUGAGCCAAUUCAAGACUCAGUAGCCAAGGCAGAACCGGAACCAGAGGUCCCUACUCGAGCUGAAGCACGCCGUCCUAGACUUUCACUUGCAGCAUACCGACUACGUUUAGCCGAAUCUCGACCCUCGAGUUCAGAAACUCAAUCUAUCACUGAUCAACAACAAUCGCAAGCGAUGGAUAUCGACUCAGAGAGUCCUUCUGAAGUACGAGCACAACAAACUUCACCUUUGCGCAAGCUGGUGCAAGUCUCCGAGUUGAAGGAUGAUCAGCCGCGUAAAAUGAUGACUGAUGAGCCGGAAAUUAUGGACAUUGAUCAGAAGCAUCAUGAUGAUCAUGAAGCAGAAAAGGUUCCCCUCCUGGUUCCUGCUCCUGCCGCCGUAUUGCAUAGUGUAUCAGAUGAAACACAGCUGAAGGACAACAAAGCGGUUUCGGGUGAGUCUGCUGAACCAAAAGUUGAACAGCUGAGGAAGAACUCGAUGUACUUCCCACCCUUCUCGCCAUCUCUACUUAUGGGAGGUGCUGGUUUAUCGCAAUCGCCCGCUCCGCCCUCUUCUCCUCAACCUGGUGAAAUUGAUGUGACCAAAGCUGUGGGUAGGAAGACGGUAGUAUCUUCUUCCCCUUUCCGGCGCUCUCGAAGUCGUACUCCUCCCGAACCUUAUCCAGCUUCACCAUCAGCUGAAGUUUCAACACAGUCUGAGAUCCCUACAAAUCACUUGAACGCUGAAAUUACCACUAGUCAAUCUCGAGGAUCCUCACUUCCAUUAGUUCUUCCAAACACAACCUCCACUGCCAAAGUCAAAGAAGAAGAAGAAGACACAUCAGAGGGAGAAAUCGAUCCAAGAAAACAAAACUUUCGCACUGCAGAGACUGAAUCACCAAAGGGUUUUAAAAAGCUUUUUCACAACUUCCUUCUGGCCCUCGAAAUGGAGAGAGUAUGA